AUGCUGAAAGCAGUGAUUCUUAUCGGUAGUCCUCAAAAAGGAACCCGAUUUCGCCCGUUAUCAUUGGAGAUCCCAAAACCAUUGUUUCCAAUUGCUGGUCAUCCGAUUCUGUACCAUCUGAUCGAAUCGUGUGCCAGAUUACGUGAAUUACGUGAAAUUCUUCUCAUUGGAUGCUACCAACCAAACGAAGCUCUCUCGCGUUUCAUUGCCAAUGUCCAACAAACGUUCCACAUAUCCAUCCGUUAUCUACAAGAAUACGCAUCGUUAGGAACUGGCGGUGGAAUUUACCACUUCCGUGAUAUAAUUAAAUCGAAUGUAUCGGAUAAGGACGUUUUCUUCGUUAUUAACGGCGAUAUCUGUGCUGAUCUACCAUUAGUCGAAAUGCUACAAUUUCAUCGAGAAAAUGUCGGAGACAAAGGCUUCACUAUUCUUGGUACUGAGGCAACUGAAAAACAAUCGACGAACUACGGUUGCAUCGCGUGGGAUAAAGAAACACAUGAAGUGAAACAUUAUGUUGAAAAACCAUCGACAUUCGUAUCGACAACCAUCAAUUGUGGUGUAUAUUUAUUUUCGAAAACGAUAUUUCAAAUUCUCUCCGAAACCUAUCGAAAUAACCAACAAAUUUACAAUGAAUCACAGCCUAUUUUUCAUGAAACCACAUCAUCAUUUCCAAGUUACGACGUCGGAUUUGCUCGGGAAAAUAUUCGCUUAGAAAAGGAUGUCCUAUCGAAGCUAGGCGGUACUGGUCAAUUGUACGUCUUUCCAAUGGGAAAUCGAUUUUGGACUGCAAUAAAGAAUCCAGGUUCGGUUAUCUACGCUAAUCGACAUUAUCUCGAAAUCUAUCGAAUGUAUCAUCCGGAACGUUUAGCGGCGCAAGUGAAUCCUAAUUCACCGACGAUUAUUGGCGACGUAUUUAUUCAUCCAACGGCAUGUGUUGAUCCAACAGCUGUGUUGGGUCCAAAUGUAUCGAUUGGUCAAGAUGUAACAAUUGGUUACGGCGUUCGUGUAAGAGAAUCGAUUAUUUUAGGCAGUUGUGUUUUACAAGAUCAUUGCUGUGUACUUUAUUCGAUUAUUGCAUGGAAUUCAACCAUUGGCCCAUGGAGUCGUGUUGAGGGCACCCCGAAUGAUCCCGAUCCUAAUCGACAAUUUUCCAAAAUUGAAAAAGAUUCAUUAUUUCACGAUGGAAAACUUCAUCCAUCUAUCACUGUAAUUGGUAAUAAUGUUUCCAUCCCAGGCGAAGUUGUUGUUCUUAAUGCAAUUGUUCUACCACAUAAAGAACUUGAUUCAAGUUCGAAAAACCAAAUUAUUUUAUAA